AUGCGCCGGUGCCCGCUCAUCUCAGUCUUACACCUCCCGGCUCUCCACCCCAAACACAAGCAACUGUCUCCUCUUCCCCACGGCUGCAUGGCUCCAGUCCUGGGGGAUCUGCCCUUCAGGAGAUGUUUAAGUCAGUUUUUGGAUCUCCAGCGAGAUCCCAUGCCAACAUGUACGGAUGUGUAAGCCCAAAUGAAGCAAGGUGUUUUGAAAUGUUUAUUUCAUUAUUUCCUGAGGAGAUAAACAAUUUGCUUCAAAUCCCUGAGACGGGGUGAGCUCCUGUUGCUCGGUCCCUGCUCCUGCCAACCUAGCAGUUCAAAAGCAUGUCAAAAUACAAGUAGAUAAAUAGGUGCUGCUCCGGCGGGAAGGUAAAUGCCAUUUCCAUGUGCUGCUCUGAUUCGCCAGAAGCAGCUUAGUCAUGCUGGCCACAUGACCCAGAAGCUGUACGCCGGCUCCCUCGGCCAAUAAAGCGAGAUGAGCGCCACAACCCCAGAGUCGGCCAUGACUGGACCUAAUGGUCAGGGGUCCUUUUUAUUGUUGCAUGCAACCCCAAUCUCCAAGCAGUGCGAGAUUCCAGGGCCCAGGGUUUGUGUUUCCUUUGGAAUGAAGGACAGCAGAGACUGUGGUAUCGUUAUGAUUUAUGGUUUGUUUACACAUAUAUGCAACCUGAGCCCACGGUUCACAGAAUUAACAACCCAAGAGAGCUUGCUUCCCCCAUAGCUACAGCCUUGGAUUCAAACAGAAAACAAACAUUGUUUGCUCUCUCUCUGUUUAGCUUCUAGCUCACAUCACUCUACUUCCUGUUCACAGCCCUGGCUUUAUCCUCUUAACUACUCAGAGUUGAGUGAGGGUAGAACUCCACCCAAUUGCCAUCUCCCACAGAGCUGCUUCCUUUGUUCCCCUUAAUGGCCCAUCACCCAAGCGAUCGCCUUAACAGGACGCUAACCUGACUGUCCCAAGAAUUAGAAGGCUUGAUUAGCUUUUAACACUUAUUUGAUCCACGGAUUAGGAGGGGUGUCUGCAAACAACCUAACACUGUCCCUCCAAACUCAUAACUAUUACUAUAGAUAUAGAUAUAGAUAUAUAUUCGGCUAUAUCUAUAUAUCUAUCUACUUAUCUAUCAUCUCCAUAUCAUGAUCUGAAGCAAUUUGAUAUGGAGCAGAGAUUUGCUGAUUAUUGUUAACAAAUGUCAGGUGAUUGAAUUUUUAAAAAUCCAGACAGUAUAGAGAGAUUUUGUCUCGGGGCAUAGCUGUCAACAUUUUACUUUUUUAAAGGGAAAAUCCCGAGUAGGAUUCCUCGCAAGAAAAGGGAAAAGUUGACAGCUAUGCUCAGGGGCAUGAUAAGGCACCUCCAAAAGUUCAGCCCCUGAACAUGCCAGCCUAUAGGGAGCAAGACCCUCUUAAGGUAUCUUGGUCCGAAAUUAUUUAGGGCUUUGAACUCUAGCUCCCAAACUUUGAAGCUGGCCUGGGGACAGACAGCUGGUGCAGAUGCUCUGGCACUGUUGUUACAAGCUGUCGGAAAGUUACUGAUAAUGAUGAUUUGUACUAGUGUCUACAACCGUCAGCGCCUCCUGAGAACUAGAGCUGUCAAGAGUGAUGUUUAGAAGGGGAAACCACAUCCCAUUUGCUGCCUCCUGAGAGUUGAGCUGUUAAGCUGUCAAGAGGCAGCUUUAAGAAAUAAACACUCCUACCCUCUGGAACAGAGGUCAGGUGCAUUGUUGUUUAAAGCAAGUAGGGAUAUUCACAACUGAUGAUGCAUCUCUUUGCUUGAUUUUUUUCCCUAAUCCUCCCCACCCACCCACCUCAACUGUGCCCUUUUCUUCCAAUGAGCCUGGGGCAGCAUGUGCAAUUUUCUCCCUCACCCAUUUUCAUCCUCACAACAGCUCUGCAAAGUAGAUUAGGGUGAGAAAUAGUGACCCCAACACCCAGUAAGAGAUCCAGUAGGGAUUUGAACUGUUCCACAUCUUUAAGAAUGCAUCUUCUGUUUAGGGAUUGAUGGAUAUUGGAAUUAUGUAUGUCCAUAUUUUUUGCUCUUUAGGACGCGCUCCGGACCACAAGACGCACCUAGUUUUAGAGGGGGAGAACAAGGGAAAAAAAUCUCUCCCUCUCUGCGCAGCACCUCUUCAGCUAAGCAGCAGGAGAAGUGGAGCCCCUUCCAUUUCUCCUCCCGCUUCGCUGAAGGGGCGCUGCGCAGAGAGGGAAAGAUGCGCAGCGCCUCUCCAGCGAAGCGAAGCCAGGAGAGCAAGAGGGAUCGGUGUGCACCGAUCCCUCUUGCUUUCCUGGCUUCAGUGAAAGCAACGCAAAGCUUCCGGAGUGCAGCGGGAGCUCCCGCUGCACUCCGGAGGCUUCGUGUUGCUUUCGCUGAAGCCAUGGAGUCUGCAUUCACUCCAUAAGACGCACACACAUUUCCCCUUAAUUUUUGGAGGGGAAAAAGUGUGUCUUAUAGAGCGAAAAAUACGGUAGAUCAGGAAGGGAGAACCCAAAUUCUCUCUAUCCAGGCCUAGCAAUGAUCUCCAUUCAAUGUGGCCAAAGUGUUUUUGUUUUGUUUUGCCUAGUCUGACUGUGUACCUGAACUCUGAUCAUGCCUCUGGUUAAGGGUUUCCCAAACUUGGGUCUCCAGCUGCUUUUGGACUACAAUUCCCAUCAUCCCUGACCACUGGUCCUGCUAACUAGGGAUGAUGGGAGUUGUAGUCCAAAAACAGCUGGAGACCCAAGUUUGGGAAACCCCAUUUGAGCUUCUCUAGAUGGAGGACAGAGUGCUGCUGCUGGUCAGUGUUGACAAAACUAAUUUAGACAAACCAAUGAUCCUUCUUGCUUCCUAUGUUCCAUGCCCCAGUAAUAAACAUUCUGUACAGGACAUUCUAUACAAAGAUCUCAAAAUAGCUGUCUUAUUACAAAAGAAUUUCAGAAAUAGACUGGAAAGAGAAGUUGCUGAAUUGCAACUUAUUACCAAACUUGAGACCUGGUCUGAAUAGAGACAUUGGAUUCUUAUCUCAUUAUACAUGAUAAAGCUAUUUUUAGCCAUCUCACCCAUUGCUUUUUCCUGUAAGACCAAUUGCAGUCGUUAACAGUCAUCAACAGGUUUACCACACCUAUCAGCCAAUCACCCAUUCCCACCACCCUUCUGAGUAAUACCCCUCCCCACCCUCUCACUAUAUAUAAGGCUCUGGUGACUUCUGUUUCAGUGUAUCUGAAGAAGUGUGCAUGCACACAAAAGCUCAUACCAAUAACAAACUUAGUUGGUCUCUAAGGUGCUACUGGAAGGAUUUUUUAAAUUUUUGUUUCGACUACGGCAGACCAGCAUGGCUACCUACCUGUAACUUGUCUGGACAUGUUUGCUAAGGUUGAACUGUCUUUCCCUCCCCUUUGGUGACAUGUCAGUGAUGUAAAGAUGAUAUAUCAAUGAUGCUGUGUGAACUGUAUUCUGGGAUGUGGUGGGAAGUUUUAAAAGUCAAUGUCGCUCCAUGCUCUGGGUUCACUCGCUGCUGUUGAACCUGUUGCACAACAAUAAAGGAUCUAAGUCUACUUACUGCUGUUUUGCUCCAAAUUGCUUGGCUGGAAUUUCCUUCUUUUACUGACCACAUGGACCCACGGGGGACUGGUACCUCAACGAGCUGGGCUGUCUCAACCCAGAAUUUUCCUUAAGAAGUAUAACUUUUAAAACUCACUUGUAAUAAGAUGAAGGAGGUUUUAAAAUUAAGUAUACUGUUAAGUAUACAGUAGUAUCUUGGGUUACAGACACUUCAGGUUACAGAUGCUUCAGGUUACAGAUUCCGCUAACCCAGAAAUAGUACCUCGGGUUAAGAACUUUGCUUCAGGAUGAGAACAGAAAUUGUGCGGAGGUGGCGCGGCGGCAGCGGGAGGCACCAUUAGCUAAAGUGGUACCUCAGGUUAAGAACAGUUUCAGGUUAAGAAUGGACCUCCAGAACGAAUUAAGUUCUUAACCCGAGGUACCACUGUAUAAGGUUUUAUGGACGUGCAUGAACCAGUAUAUUAUAAUGGAACCAAAAGGGGGAGUGGAGGGAAAUCGACCAAAAAUUAUGGUUUAAUUUGGUUAUUAUUAUUUUUUCUGCCGCCGCCCCCCCCGGUUUUGUUAUUUUUGGAAAAUCAAAAAAAAAAUGUUAUUAAAAAAAUAACCAUCCAGGGGUUCUUUACCCUUUUCACCCUUUAUGAAACUAAUGGACGUAAGCCACCUGUAUGCAGGAAUUCUCCAGCAUUUCAGACAGGACACAAAGCAUGAACAAUCCGUAUUAAUCUUUCUCUCCCUGGCAGGUCUCAUGAGAGUUUCGAGAAUCCUCCUGGCACUCGCUACGGUCACUGGCUUCGUGGCAGCCAUCUCCCUCCUCAUCUCCUGCCAAUGCUUGAGGCGUUGUGGGGGACCUUCCAACAUGCUGGUGUCCUCAGCAGCAAGCUUCACCACAGGUAAGGAAGAGGACUCCCCCUAGUUUCGGAAGGGCUCAGUGGCACAACAAAUGCUCACAUGCAAAAGGUCUCAGGUUUAAGGCUUCAUAGGUCAAAACCAGCACUUUGAAUUGGGCCCAGAAACUAACCGGCAGCCAGUUCAGUCGGCCCAGAUUUGGUGUAAUAUGCUCACCCCAUUGAGCAGCCUGGCCAUCAAAUUCUGCACCAGCGUUCAAUCCCAGCAUCUGCUGGUUGGCUAGGGAAAUCCUCUGUCUGGAACCUUGCAGGGCAGCUGCCAGUCAGUGUAGACAAUACUAAGCUUGUGUUGCCUGUGGCUUCAUGGUAGAGGAAUUUGUUUUGCAUGCAGAAGGUCCUUGGUUCAAUCUCUAGGGAGGGCUGAGAGGGAACCCGAGAGAGCCUCUGCCAGUCAGUGUAGAGACCAUUGGUAGGCAAACUAAGGCCCGGGGGCCAGAUCCGGCCCAAUCGCCUUCUCAAUCCGGCCCGCGGACAGUCUGGGAAUCAGCGUGUUUUUACAUGAGUAGAAUGUGCCCUUUUAUUUAAAAUGCAUCUCUGGGUUAUUUGUGGGGCAUAGGAAUUCGUUCAUUUCCCCCCUUCAAAAUACAGUGAAUGCUCGGGUUGCGAACGUGAUCCAUGCAGGAUGCACGUUCGCAACCCGCAGCAUUCGCAAGCCACGUCUGCUCAUCUGCCCACGCGCGGGUUGCGAUGCAGCACUUCUGCGCAUGCGGAAAGCACAAUUUAGUGCUUCUGCACAUGCGCGCCUGCCAAAACUUGGAAGUAACCUGUUCUGGUAUUUCCGAGUUUCGACAGUCCGCAACCCAAAAAAACGCAACCUGAAGCGGACGCAACAUGAGGUAUGACUGUAUAGUCCGGCCCCCCACAAGGUCUGAGUGACAGUGGACCGGCCCCCUGCUGAAAAAGUUUGCUGACCCCUGGUGUAGACGGUACUAAACCAGAUUGUCCAAUGGUUUGGCUCAGUAUAUGACAGCUUCCUACCUUCCUGUGCAUUCACAAGGCUUAUUUUGCAUGCUUAAAGCCUCCAUUCAACAGGUUCAUGAAAAAACCUGGAUCAGAUGGAUCCCCCAUCCCUACUCAGGUGGCAUCUCUAACUCACUUUUACUCCUUGUUAGGCAUCUUCGGCUUUGUCACAAUGGCCUCAUACACAGUCGACAUGACCCAGAAAGAUUUGAGUUCUGUCGGCCACCUUCACUUCACAUGGAGUUUCUGCCUCGCCUGGCUGGUGUUCACCCUCUAUGUCAUGAAUGGUGAGCUUUGUUAAGCCACAGUUUCUUGGGGCAUCCCUACUGGGAAACCGUGGUUCAAGUACUGCUAACAGGCCAGGAUGUUAUAUUAAGCCAUCACUUAUUAGGACAGCAAAGUGGAAGGUGGAUCGGAGCCUUAGGGCACAGUCCAGUAGGACGUCCUCUCAUGUAAGCCCUAUGGCAGGCAUGGUCAGUCUCCUUAGGCCUGUGACCUCCUUGGGAGUUUUGAGUGAGUGCCGAGGCACUAGCCCCUCUGAUCAAUUCUCUCCCUUCUCCUACAGGUCAGCCACCCCUCUGGGGGACUAAAAGAGAGUUAAAGUUUAGGUUUCCCAGGGUAUGUGGGUCAAAGUCAGAUCCAGUGGAAUUAAUCAGAGCCUUGCCUUGAACAGGACCUAGAGCUGAAAGAAGGAAGUUGGGAAGAGUGUCACUCUACCAACUCCUUCCUUUUACUCUAUGAACUUUUUGAGAAAGAAAAAGCUAACCAUCCUCACCAUCUCAUAACCAAGGAGGCUUCGUGGACAGCAGUGGAAGAUCACAGGGGCAUCGCUGUGCCCAUGGGCACCACAUUGGUGACCCCUGCCCUGUUGAAAUGAACAGGAACCACACAGGCCAUUUUGCAGAGCUCAUGUUCUUUCUAGUUUGGCUUACGCAGGAGAGCUUCCUUGAUCCCCAUAAUUUAACAGCUCUCUGUGUGUUUCCCAUUUCCAAACCUGGGGAUCAAAAUGCUUUCAGUGUGGCUUGCAUUAUUACUGUUAUGCACUGCGAGGAGUAAUUGGGAAGUGCCUGUUACCCUGAGCUCCUAGGAGGAACUAAAUCAAUUCAGUUCAACUUAAAAAAAUAGAAAAGGAAUAUGGACCUUCUUUUCUCCCCACAGGUUUCUUUAGCUUGAUGACACAUUUGCUGACCAUCCAAACUGGCAGCGAACAACAUUUCAACACAAUCCUCUUGGAAGGGAGCAUGCAGCAACCUGCAGCUGGGGACCACACAGCUAUGGGGCUGUCAGUUCUCCAAGGUCAGGGCCUGGCUGCUCCACCUGCAAGAAGCCCCCUCCCAAGCCCAUCCAUCUGUCUUAAUUCCACCAUAAUCUAAACUCUUCAACCUGAUAGUUUCUCAUUUCCCUCCCAUGCUAUUUUUUAUUUUAUUUUAUUUUGAAUCCGCAUUGUCUAUUAAAAAAAAUUAUCCAUCCUACUGCUUCUCCUGUAUUUUAUUUUUAAAAUAUUCCAAUGUCUGAUUUUUUUAAAAUAAACCAACACCUAAAUCUUGUAAUAAAGUUAUUUCCAUUUUCAAUGCCUGGUCUGUAACAGUUCCUUCUCUCGCUCCCACCAACCCCCCCCCCCUCCUUUUAGGUAAGUAAAGCCAAAGAGAGCUGUCCAUUUCACCAGGAACUUUUAGGGUCUCCUAACAACUCUCUGCACCCUUAACAAACUACAGUUCCCAGGAUUCUUUGGGGGAAAGACAUGGCUGCUUAAAAGUGACACGAGGCUGCUUCAAAUGUGCAGUGAAGACAGAUCCUUGGAGUGCUUAAAAAAUUAUAAUUCAUCUCUCUAAAUGGGUUUUCCCCUGACUGUGCUCCCCAGUACGAUGCGGUGUUUCUCUGAUGUUCUGAAAAAAUGGGUGGCAUCAGCACAGCAUAUGGAAAAUUGUGAUAGACUAAAUAUUUUCCAGCAUGGUGGAUGUGUAAUAAUAGUGAAACUAUCAGCUGCUAACUUUCUAAGAGGCAGAGUAGCCCUAUUAGGAGGGAGGAGGAAAGUGACAACUCUUGUAACUGGGUGUGCCAUGCAUAGAAGUGUGUGUGUGUGUGUGUGUGUGUGUGUGUGUGUGUGACAAUUAAAUAAAUAACCCUAUUAAAAACAGAAGUGAAAACACUUCAAAGCAUUUAAAAGCACACAAAAAUGAAGUAGAACACCCAUCCUCAAAAGACCUCGCCACAACGGCCAGUUAGUGGCCUAAAACUUGUGGGAACAAAAAAAAAAGUAUUUGCCUGCUGGUGAAAGGAAAGCAGUGCGGCAGACAGUCUACCCUCCUGUGGAAGGGAGUUCCACAGGCCCUCUCUUUUGUCCUCACUGAGCAGGCCUGUGAAGGGGAUAGGGCCGAGAUACAGGCCUCCCCCAGAAGAUUGCAAAGCCCAGGAAAGCUUACAUAGGGAGAUAGCCUGGACCUAAGCUGUGUGGAGGGACGCGGGUGGCGCUGUGGGUUAAACCACAGAGCCUAGGACUUGCCGAUCCGAAGGUCGGCGGUUCAAAUCCCCAUGACGGGGUGAGCUCCUGUUGCUCGGUCCCUGCUCCUGCCAGCCUAGCUUCGAAAGCACGUCAAAGUGCAAGUAGAUAAAUAGGUACUGCUCCAACGAGAAGGUAAAUGGCAUUUCCGUGCACUGCUAUGGUUCACCAGAAGUGGCUUGCUGGCCACAUGAACCAAAAGCUGUACACCGGCUCCCUCGGCCAAUAAAACGAGAUGAGCGCUGCAACCCCAGAGUCGGCCAUGACUGGACCUAAUGGUCGGGGGGGGGGGUCCCUUUACCUUUAAGCUGUGUGGAGACUAGUUGCCUUUUCUUUUUUUUCUUUUUUUUUUCUUUUCAAUGCAACAUUACAACAAAAAUUACAAACAUUGAAUCCAAAAUAAAACAGUACAAACAAGGAAAAAAAUGCAAGAGAAAAAAGAACAACCCCCCAAAAAAACCACACAUCUACAAAUAAACCCAUAUCAUCAUUCUAAUCUAGUCAUUACAUACAUAUACACAUAUUGACUUCCUUCCUUUGUUCUAAGACCUCGAAAUUUUUACUCUUUCUAAGUUGCUGUGUCUCAUGUAGAUUACCUCUAUCUUUCCACUUUUUACACCGUUUUUCUCUUUCCUUAACCCUGCAAAGCAUCAUUCAUUACAUACCAAUAUGCUUACUCCAUAUUGCCUUUCAUUUCAUAUAUUUGCCUCUAAACCAGGUGAACUCUGACCCCCGAUUCCCAGAGAUCCCGUGGGAGAGAUCCCAGACACUAGCAUGCAUGCACGGCCUUGUGUUCACCGAACAAUCCCCUUUGGAUUUGGGAUGUUGGUUUGGGAUGCUGUUGGGGGAGGGAUAUGAGAGCUGUGACAGUUUCCACAAUGUUUGCAUCUGACUGUUACGUUGAAUUAAAAGAAGAAGAAAAUUGCCAGCCUGGUCAGCUCCUCUUUGUGGAAUCAGGGGAGAGGUGCUGCCCGGGGCCUCAGGAAGCAAUCAGCCUUAGAUCAACCCUGAGAACAUUGCAGCAUCUCCCCACAUAAACCACAGACACUUUAGUCUCCCCCCACAAGCACCACUUCCCCAGGAUGGGGGGCACAGAGGACGAUAAGUGCUUAAAAAGGAAAGAGAGAGCUGCAGUAGAAUUUGGGGAUGACGUGGCAAAAGGAGGAGGGGAUCAAAUACACAGGGAGGAGGGAAAUGGGGAAAGCAGAGCUGAGACAGACUAUAGAAGAAGACCAAUAAGGCUCCUUCCCUUGCAACCAGAGGUCUGUCCUGACCCCAUGCUGACAAGGACCAGCCUUUCCUCCUAAAAAACCUCAAGCCAGCAGCUCCUGACACACGUUUUCCUGCUCUGGAGUCCUCAGCAUCGCUAUCUGACCAACACUUGUUCUCUCCGCAAAGAGAGCCAGGUAAGGAUGGCAACAGUUCUGCUCCUCUCUAACCCUCCCUUUUUAGAAAAAAAUAAGGCAGGCUCUUCCCCAACCUGGUGCCCCUUCAAAUGCUUUGAAGAGACAGUUUCCACCAGUGCCCCCAGCCAGUAUGGUCUGGAGUAAGGUUUAGGGAAAUUCCAAGAGCAGCUUCCAGCAAAAUAUAAAAACAAAAUAAGACGUCAAACAUUAAAAACUUCCUGAUACAGGGCUGUGUUUAGAUAUCUUCUAAAAGCUUUGUAGUUCUUUAUCUCCUUGACAUCUGAUGGGAGGACGUUCCACAGGGAGGGCACCACUGCCGAGAAGGCCCUCUCCCUGGUUCUCUGUAACUUCAAUUCUUGCAGUGAGGGAACCACCAGAAGGCCCUCAGAGCUGGACAUCAGUGUCUGGGCUGAAAAAUGGGGGUGGAGACGCUCCUUCAGGUACACUGGGCUGAGGCCAUUUAGGACUUUAAAGAUCAGAACCAACGCUUUCAAUUGUGCUCGGAAAUAUACUGGGAGCCAAUGUAGGUAUUUCAGGACCAUUGUUAUAUGGUCUUGCUGGCCAUUCCCAGUCACUUGUCUAGCUGCUACAUUCUGUAUUAGUUGUUGUUUCUGAGUCACCUUCAAAGGUAGCCUCUCAUAGAGUGCAUAGCAGUAGUCCAAGCGGGAGAUAACCAGAGCAUGCACUACUCUGGCAAGACAGUCCACGGGUAGGUGGGGUCUCAGCUGGCGUACCAGAUGAAGCUGGGAGACAGCUGCCCUGGAUACAGAAUUGACCUGCACAAGUGAUAUGCUUUCUGCAUCGUGAUUAUUGACAAAUAUUUCUGCCCAGUUCACAAAGCUCCAUCCUUCCUUCAGCCUACUUGGGGUGCAAAAGCCCCUACUGCUGCAGGUGGAGGCAGGAGAGGCGAAGAGGAAAUGCCUAACAGUUGUGCUGAGAUAGAGAUUCUGAUAGGAAUUGCUUCCUUUGCUCCUGCAGUGGCGAGAUUUUGGCAUUUGCAAAAUUCGUUCUUCUUACACUGUGGACAAAAAUGCCAUAGGAUUGCCCACUGCUCUGUUUUGCAAUGGUGUGUGUGCUGAUUUGAACUUUUUCUAUGGAUUAUUUCUGUAGAUCAUGGCAUGAGUAAAAGUUGGAAUAAGGCUGCAUUCACACGAUACAUUCAAGGCACAUUUAAGGCACAUAGAGCUGUUAUUUCAGUUAUUGGAUUUCAUUGGAUUGGAUUUCAUUGGAAACCCUUCAGAGAGAAAGGGCAGGCUAUAUACAGUUAAUAAAUAAAUAAAUAAAUAAAUAAAUAAAGAAGGGCUGAAUUAAAGGGGAAGAAUUGUAGCUCAGUCAUAGGAGCCAACUCCUAAGGGCCAUGGGGGCUUUGGCCCCCACAAUAAAAUAUUUGAAGAGGCCGGGCCCCCACAAAGCUGAUGGGCAUUCCCAUUCAAAUGGUGUGUGUGCACUGCAUCAAGGGAGGGUUACCUGGGCCCCCACAGUAUUUUAUUCAAGUUGGCACCCCUGAGCUCAGUGGAAGAGAAGCAAGUCCCAGGUUUCGUCCCCAGGAUCUCCAGACAGGGGUGGGAAUGUGGCCUGUCUAAAACCCUGGACACCUCAUUUCCAACUGUGUACUGUAGACAAUACUGAGCCAGAUUCAUCUCAGGGUUGGCCUAGGAAAGACAGACUGGAACUCUGGAGAGCCACUGUAGACCAGAGGUCUUCAGAUGUAACCCAUGGACCACUGGUGGUCCAUUGAAAGGUUGAGAAUAUCUGAGAUUAUCUGUUCUUGGCCCUGAAUUUGAUUGAGGCGGCAUGCACAACAUACACUUAAAGCCACAGUUACCGCACAUGACUUCAUGUCCUGCAGAGGAUCCUGGGAACUAUUUUGUUAAGGUUGGUGGGAAAUGUAGUUCUGGAGGGGAAAACUACUGGAUUGAUAUGUAUACCAUCCCAUUGAAAAAUAACGCUUCUGAAUGCUAGGUAAAGGUAAAGGGACACCUGACCAUUAGGUCCAGUCGUGACCGACUCUGGGGUUGUGGCUCUCAUCUCGCUUUAUUGGCCGAGGGAGCCGGUGUACAGCUUCCGGGUCAUGUGGCCAGCAUGACUAAGCUGCUUCUGGCAAACCAGAGCAGUGCACAGAAAUGCCAUUUACCUUCCCGCCAGAGCAGUACCUAUUUAUCUAUUUGCACUUUGACGUGCUUUCGAACUGCUAGGUUGGCAGGAGCAGGGACUGAGCAACGGGAGCUCACCCUGUCGCGGGGAUUCGAACCACUGACCUUCUGAUCGACAAGUCCUAGGCUCUGUGGUUUAACCCACAGUGCCAUCCGCACACUUAUUUCUUUGAAAACUGAAGAGGUUCAAGAGGAAACGUUCGAGGCCAGCCCUUUGCCUGCCAUGCUGGGUUUCUGCUUGCAGGGACUUUUGACUGCAACACAUAUAUUAAAUAUGUAACCCCCCCCACACACACUCACACACUUCUGAGGUCUGAAGGGGUGCAGUCUAUUCUACCACCCAUCCUGCUGCAUGCAGAGACCAGGACUCAGAAGCAAGGUUCCUUUGAUGUCAUCAACACUCAAAGUGUGAAGGCUCCAGGAAGUGGCUUAAGUUUAAAUAUGAAUCUGACUCUGUGAGCUGUCAUCAUAACCACUGAAUUCAACCCCCCUCAUCAUGUCCCUCCAGAAAGAAACAGUUCUAUUUACUUAGCACAUUUCAACCUUGCCUCUCCAGCCAGUGGCUUUCAAACUUUGUUCUGGGGGACCCCGUGGAGGACCAUCCCCAAGGUGGAGGGGUCCUGCAGCAAAACACUAUUUGGAGAGCCCCACAGCCAGCUGCAUGGAACAGCAGCAGGUUUCUCCAAGGCAGCCUGGGAAAUUUUAUUGGUGGCCCAAGCUGCGAACUCUGGUAUUGCCCAAGAAUGAUACACACUGACACCAUACCUGUAGGAAUGUCACCCUCCAGUGUAUACUCACAGAAGAAGAAGAGAAGAAGAGUUUGGAUUUGAUAACCUGCUUUAUCACUACCUGAAGGAGUCUCAAAGCGGCUAACAUUCUCCUUUCCCUUCCUCCCUCACAAUAAACACUCUGUGAGGUGAGUGGGGCUGAGAGACUUCAAAAAAGUGUGACUAGCCCAAGGUCACCCAGCAGCUGCAUGUGGAGGAGCAGAGACGUGAACCCAGUUCCCCAGAUUAUGAGAUUACUGCUCUUAACCACUACACCACACUGGCUCCAAGGGCCUAAGGACUUGGAUCUCAGGAAAUCUAUUGCACUCCCCCUCCCCUGAAUCAUGUUGCUAUCUAUUGCUAUUGCUAUUUAUUUAAAUCAGAACCACAGAUUUGGAUUUAGAAUUCAAUAAGAAAAGUCACAAAUACCAACUAUGGCUUUAUGAAGGCGAGUUAGUUCAAUCUAAUUAUUAUUAUUUUUAAAAAAAUUAGUUUUCCAAAAUUUUCAAACAAACAAACAUACAUCUUAAUUGUACUUAAUCCAAUCUUAGUAACAUUGUUAAGUGACUUCCUCAAAUCCCCCUGGCUGAAUUUCAGUGUAUAUCAUUGUUAACAGUUUUCCAAAACCAAUUUUCUCAUAAAUUAACUUAAUCACUUAACAUCUUUCUUUCUUUUCAUUUUAACUUUAAACAUGUUAUUCUCUAACAAUACAUAUAUAAAUCCUAAGCCUAUCUGAUAUUUGCAUUUUUUUCCAAUUAAGUUGGAAAAUUAACAUAUUUAACUAAAUAGUCUUUGAAUUUCAUCCAUAGUUCAAUCUAAUUAAACUGAGGCUCUAGUAAAAACCUGAUUUCACAAAAUCACGUUAAUGCAAUCAACAGUAAAUAUGAGCUAAAAACAUUAUAACUGCAUACACUUGAAGAUGUUUUGCCAAUAAUCAAACUUACCACAAGGGAGUACUAAAACUAUUAAGCACUAGGGUUUUUUUUUAGUUUUAUUAAUUACGCAUGGGUAGUUUAAUGUUUGAUGUGCGAAAUUCAUGCUAUUAUAAGUCUUUCAAGCCACACGGCAUCAUCCUCAGUGUAGACCCAUUGAAAUAAAUGAACAUGCCGAAGUUUGGUCCAUUCAUUUCAAUGGGUAUACAGUGAGGAAAACUUAGUUGGCUACAACCCCACUUUUUUUUUCAUCCAAGGCAGUAAAUACUAAAAUAAAUGUUAGGAAAAUACAGUUCACUCCACCUGGUUAGUGGCCCCUUCACUGCGCCACCUGUGGCACGAAUGUCUGUGAACUGAUCCCUCCCCACCUUGUGCUCCAAAUUACACCACCAUGGUUGCUUCUUUGCUUGGUAGCAGGCUGUUUGCCUUUGGCACCUUGUUACCCAAUGUUGUUUCCAUGCUUUCUGCUUCUGCGUUAAAUCCCAUUCUCUUGAUUGUGCCCUCAGGGUCCUUCCAGGCAAGAAACCAGCCUACGGGGUUUAAUUUUGCCAAGGCUCUUCCGUACAAUCGUAAGGAUGCUGCUCUGCAGAAUCUUAAGCAUACCGGUGGCUUCCAUAAGCAUCAUUGCUUUGUUCAUCGCCCUGACCACCGAUUACUGGCUGGUGGCUUACGGACCAGCUGGCAUCGCCCACAGUGGCCUCUGGCAGGAGUGCAUGGAUGGGAACUGCUGGACGCCAACCAAGGCUAAUGGUAAGGAGAAUGGUGGCAACUGCCAAGGGAUACCCCCUCCCAAUUCACAAAGGUUAUGGGUUGAGGGGGGGUCAUCAAGGUGCUCAGGGGCACCAGUGUGCCUGGUGGCACCUGCUGUGGCACUCUCAAAAAGUCUCAGUAAAAAAUCCCCUCAGAAAAUCCACCAUGCAUGUGGUACACGCAGGACCAGUUAUCAGAACACAAUGCAUUCUCAGGAAAUCGCUCGUUAGGUGUUUGCACAAUGAGUUGACAAUUUCCAUUGAUUUCUAUGGGAAACUUUCUAAUGCAUUCCUGACCACAGAAUUUUGACCCUGUAAUGAUGAAAACACUCAGGAAAACCAUCUGAAACCUUCCAAAGGCAAACAAGGAAGGGGGGGAGCUCUCUUAUUUGUCCAGUCUCCCUCCCACCCACCAUGGUUUCUGACAAAUGGCUACUACAGACCAGAAAAACACAAAAAUGAGGUUUGUUUAAGGCUGCUUAUUUGUUUACAGUACUGCAUGCAGGUCUGGCAGUUUGGAUAUCUGAAUCUGUGGUGCGUAUAGAGAGGUCUGGGUGCUCACUCUUCCUGUUUGGAUAAGUGAAUUUUUGUAUAAUGAACAUUUAGGUAGCGAGACCUGUGUGUACUUUUUGAUAUAACAACAACAACAACAACAGAUGGGGGAACUAUAUUCACCUCAAGCCAAGGUUACAUUUUGUAACCUUAGGCAAAUAUCCUCUUUCUCACACUUGGUCCUCUUUCACUUUGAAAUUGAAGCCUUUUCAGUUUAAACUGGAAAGUUACACUUUAAUAACUAAACCUUCAACAUAUCAUGGGUGAUAUCCAACCUUGGUUAUGCCCAUUAAGAUCAAUUGUGGCAAGUAACAUAAGUCUAUUGCCUUCCAUGGGUCUACUCAAUGGGCAUAACUAACCUCUUCUCUCUUUUUUAGGCUUCUGGAAGGUUCCGGGUACAAGGAAUGAAGGCAUGCUCAACUAACUCUUUCCACUUUCUAAUGCUUUGAUUUACAGAAUACAUCCUUGCCACACGUGCGUUCCUGAUCUUGGGUUCCCUGGCAGCUUUGGCCUCGGUCAUUUCUCUUACUGCCUCCUUCAUGCCUUGCGACUGUGGCUUCCUUGGCGGAGUCUUCGUCACGUCCAUCGUUGCCUUCACAGGUGGUAGGUGUGCCAAAGAUUAUGAGGAAGAACCUGGUCACGGUCGCAGGUGCUAAAUAGCCUCAUGGUUAUGCCCCACAUGCUGUCAGCUUCCACUCGCCACAAUGGCUAUGGUCUACCUCCUAUAUCGGAGACAGUAUGCCCCUCAAGACCAGUUGGUGGGAAUUGCAAGUGAGGAGACGGCGGCUGUGUUCUGGGCCUACUUUUGGGCUUCCCAUAAGCACCUGGUUUUCCCCUGGGAGAAAUGGACGCUGGACUAGAUAGGCUUUUCAGCUGAUGCCGUGGGACUUUUCUUACAUUAUUAUCCUGCGAAGAGAUCAGGCCUGGCUCUAGAAUUGAGAAAGAGGAUCUUGUAAGGGGGAAAGGACUGCUGGAGCAUAGAAAGGGGUGAAUAGAAUACCUCCGGGAUUCCAAUGACGUACUUAGCGUCGAGGGCAGCCUUUCUCAACCUGUGGGUUCCCAGGUGUUGUUGAACUACAACUCCCAUCACCCCUAGCUAGCAAGGCCAGAGUUCAGGGAUGAUGGGAGUUGUAGUCCAACAACAUCUGAGGACCCACAGGUUGAGAACCACUGGUCUAGGGGGAAAUCGUCCAAAUGUCCAGAUUUUUGAAAACUCCGCUAAAAAAGCUCAACAACUUUUUGUGUCUGGAUUUUUACUUCUUGAAAUAUGGCAACCCUACCCUAUGAGACAGAGCCUAUGCAUCAGCUUCAUAGUUGGGAAAGGAUGAGAUAAGCCUCACAUUGCAAUCCUGAUUUAAACCAACCACCCCUACGCCUGUAAUGAAAGCAAAGGGGAAACCCAUCAGAUGUAGUAGGACCCAUGUACCCUUAGUGCAAUAACCUACAGUUUGCACUUGGAUGUGUGAACCAUGCUGUGAUCUUUUUAGAUGACGAUGAUGAUACAAGAACAUGGAGACACCAAAAAUUGUGUUAUGAUUGAGGAGGUAUGACUGAGGCGGUACAAUGGGGCACACCGCCCCGCCAACCUGUCUGCCCCCAGGCAGCCCUCACCUGCCUGCCUUCUGACUUAUGACCAGUCUAGGGGGAGGCCCCAGCUGCUAGCUUCCUCCUUCACAGCUUUGGUGUUUCUUCUGUAGAAUUCAGCAGGGAGGAGGGAGGGGCCAAAACCAGAAUUAGUUGAUUUUCCCUCACUGCCUCUGGCGGUGCCACCCACUGUUCGUCUCCCUGCCUUCUGCCCUAUCAGCAUCAAUGAGCACCAGCCAGUAGGGUUAGAUCUGCAACAUACAUACCAACCAGCCCUUGAUAAUUGAGUGGUGAGAUUGCCUGUGUGAAUCAGUGCUAUGUUGGCUGCCCUGACUCCUCUGCUCUUUUGUAGCAGUCUUCACUCUGGUUGGUGUAGUCGUAUUCACCACUGAAUCCUGGGGGAAGAACAGGGACCCUCAAAUCCAGCUCACCUAUGAAUGGUCCUUCUAUCUUGCCUGGGUAGCAUUUCCCAUGCUGUUCCUGACUGGUGAGUAGGGAGAGUGGGGAAGGGAGUUAGAGUCAGUUCACAUUUAAAGGCAAACCUGCCUCAUUUGUGCUUUCUGAAACAAUACGCAAGGUGAAACAGAAGCAGCCGUUCACAUUUGCACUCCUCUGAAUUUUGCAAUGCGUUUCUCCAGCAAUGCAAUGUGUACAAAAAUGUGUACUGAGGUGAAAUGUAUAUAAAGAUGCAUGUACAGUCAUACCUUGGGUUACAGAUGCUUCAGGUUGCACAUUUUCAGGCUGUGCACUGCGCUGAACCCGGAAGUACCGGAACUGGUUACUUCUGGGUUUUGGCGCUCGCGCAUGCGCAGAAGCGCUAAAUCACACUUUGCGCGUGCGCAGAAGUGCCGAAUUGCAACCCAUGCAUGUGCAGGCAUGGCGCUGCAGGUUGCGAACGCUGCAGAUUGCGAACGUGCCUCCCGCACGGAUCACGUUCGCAACCCAAGCGUCCACUGUAUUAGUGAAAACAACAUGCAAGAAUGCAUUGUGUCAAAGGAAAUUGCUUUGCAACGAUGUGUGCGUGAGUGAAAACUGCAUACAAGCAUGUAUAUUUUAAGGAGAAAUUUGCACUAAAAUGCUGGUGAAUUUUCAUGACAGCUUAAAAAACAACCCCACAAACUGAUUCAGAACUGGAGAUAACUGAAUUUAAGAUUGCAAAGAUGAGCGACCAAAAUGGAUUGACUCACCUACACCCUAGCAUUGUGUAGGCAAUGUGAACGCUCAUUCCAAUGCCCUUUUGCCACCGCGUAGCUCUGCAAAGUAGGUAGCUCUAUAGCAGCACCUCACAUGUGUGACAUGCACUGUCAAUGGACCUUCAGCAAGCUACCUGAGAAGAAGACGAAGAAGAGUUUGGAUUUGAUAUCCCGCCUUUCACUCCCUUUAAGGAGUCUCAAAGCGGCUAACAUUCUCCUUUCCCUUCCUCCCCCACAACAAACACUCUGUGAGGUGAGUGGGGCUGAGAGACUUCAAAGAAGUGUGACUGGCCCAAGGUCACCCAGCAGCUGCAUGUGGAGGAGCGGAGACGCGAACCCGGUUCCCCAGAUUACGAGACUACCGCUCUUAACCACUACACCACACUGGCUCUCUGAGGUUCUGGAUUCUACAUUGCACAACCACCAGCCUAUAGGCAGUCUCUGGAUAAGUAAGGAAACAUUCGCUUCACACAAAAGGAAGGGCUUCGCACAUGCUCAUUAGCACUUUGCCCAUAGGUCUCUUUAAAAACAAAUGCUUUCCCUUGGACAGAAAUGAACUCUGCACAUGGUCAGAGGCACCCAGCCUCCAGUGAGAGUCAGAAGGUUGAUAAACAGAAAAUGCCAUGUGAGGCUGGCUCUGGCUUCCUGAGGCCGUUCCACUUGGAAUUUACUUCUUCAUCUCAUGUUCUCUCCUUCUGUCAUUGCAGGUAUCUUCAGCCUUGUUGCUCACUUGCGCCCUUCGAGGCCUGGCUAUGAGACUGUGUGA